AUGGUUCGUUACGCUGCUACCCCAGUCAACCCAGCCAAGUCUGCCUCUGCUCGCGGUGCUUACUUGAGAGUGUCUUUCAAGAACACCAGGGAGACCGCCCAGGCCAUCAACGGAUGGAACUUGGAGAAGGCCCAGAAAUACUUGUCUGAUGUCUUGGACCACCAGAGAGCCAUUCCUUUCAGAAGAUUCAACCACUCCAUUGGUAGAACCGCUCAAGCUAAGGAGUGGGGUGUGCAAAAGGCCAGAUGGCCCACCAAGUCCGUCAACUACGUCAAGGACUUGUUGCAAAACGCCCAAUCCAACGCCGAGGCCAAGGGUUUGGACGUGUCCAAGUUGAAGAUCUCGCACAUCCAGGUCAACCAGGCUCCUAAGCAAAGAAGAAGAACCUACAGAGCCCACGGUAGAGUCAACGCUUACCAAUCCUCUCCAUCGCACAUUGAGCUUAUUGUCACUGAGGAGGAGGAGCAGGUUGCCAAGGCCGAGGACAACAAGAAGGUCAGAUUGAACUCCAGACAAAAGGGUAGAUUGGCCCACCAAAAGCGUAUUGCUGCCUCUGCUUAAUUUAGUUCAUAUAUAAGGUAAUAUAACAUAUCAUGUGACCGG